AUGAUGGUACCAUUACCAUUGAAUACAGUCAUUUCACUUCAUGGAUCAUCUUCAAUUUAUCCUGUAUAUCGAUGUCGUUUCUAUGUUCUCUUUAUUUUUUCUUUUCUCGCUUUUAAUCAAUGUCUUUUUUGGUUAACAUUUUCUCCUAUUUCUAAAAGUACUCAAAUCUAUUAUCAUAUUGAUGAGAGUACAGUUAAUCUUCUUCUCAAUUGGGGACCAAUUAUAUUUAUUCCUUGUUUACCAUUAGCAUAUGUUUUAUUAAAUAAACAACAUGGUCUUCGAAAAACUGUUUUAUUACUUGCUAUAACAGAUUUUAUUGCUGUAUCAUUACGAAUUAUGCCAACAAUUUUUAUAUCACCGUCUAAUUCUUAUUUUACUUCAAUUUCUUUAUUAUUUAUACAUAUUGGUCAAAUUUUAAAUGCUGCAUGUGGUCCAUUAGUCAUGGCUCCAGUAUCUCAACUCUCAUGUUUAUGGUUCGCACCUGACGAAAGAACACGUGCAACAACAUUGGCGAUUAUGGCUUGUAGUCUUGGUUCAACUAUUGGUUUUCUUAUCACUCCAUGGAUAGUGACUAAAUCUGAACAUGUACCAUAUUUACUACAACUACAUUUUAUUCUUGCUUUUUGUGCACUGGUAUUAACACUUAUUUAUUUUCCAGCACAUCCUCCACAUGCUCCAUCGGUUUCUGCUCAAUCAUUAAUUGAUAUGUCGAUGAAUGAACAGAAUGAGAAUUCAUUACGUAGUUAUCUCAAUGAUAUUUGGCGAUGUUUUGAUUCUCCAUCAUUUAAAUUACUUUGUUCUGUUGGAGGAAUUUCAGGUGGCGUAUUCGCUGCCUGGACUGGGCUCUUUUCUAAUAUAUUAGCAGCUGAAAAUUUCACUGAACAACAAUCAGGUUGGUUUGGUUUUACUUGUUCGUUAUCAACGAUUAUUGGUGGUUUAAUUACAAGUACACUUGCUGAUACACGUUAUUUUCGUCGUUCAUUUAAAUCAAUUAUUCUUACAAUGUUAUGUGGUUGUUUUCUUGCUGUAUUAUAUUUUCAACUUUCCAUUCAUACGAUAUUUUUUGAUGAACCAAUCUUUAAACCAACUGUAACAAGUAUUGCUCUUUCAGUUACAUUUGCUGGUCUAUUUCAAGGUUCAGCAAUACCAUUAGUAUAUGAAUCUUUCGCUGAGAUAAUGUUUCCUAAACCAGAAUCUUUGUCCGCAUCGGUGCUUGUUCUAUUGAAUAAUGUAACUGCAUUGAUAAUGUUAUUUAUCCCUCCAAGUUUAUACAAAUUAUUGAAUUUUCUUGUUCUUUUUUCUAUUGGUCUUUGUACUGUAUUAAUGAUGUAUGUAAAUAUUGAUUAUAAAAGAAGAAAUAUUGAUGAACGAAAACAAUAA